AUGAGCUUGCCAACCGUGAACCCGAACUCGGAGAAGGGGCUCGCGCCGAGUGGAUCUGCUUCUGCCACGACCCUGACCGAAGAGAAGCCCCCCUUCUUGCUCUCUGCUUCGGAAGCCGUCUCUCAGUUCGACAGUGAUGCCGACCAUGGCCUCAAGAACGAGGUCGUCUCAGAGCGACAAAGACUUGACGGUCCGAACGCGCUCUCCGGCGGCGGAGGCGUAUCGGUCUGGUCGAUCCUCGCCACUCAAAUCUUCAACGCCAUGAUGCUCGUGUGAGUUGCCGUCUUCCUGCUUUUACUUUCAUAUUAUCCGUCAUGCCUGGUGUGUGUGUGACCUACCGAUCGCCUCCGUGUCUGUUUCGGGGGAUUAGUCCCCCACGACGGCCGAGAUGGAAACCCCCGAAGAGGUGGACUCCUCGAAAGCUUGGCGCUUCUGCCCGGCCCGGGGGGAGGGGGGGCAGGGGGCAACGCUCAUACUGUAUCGCUCUGCUCGAGCUGACUCGGAGAUAACCCGUUCUUAUUUCGGCGCUAGUUUGAUUAUCUGCUUUGCUGUCUCUUUGGGCAUUCAAUCAUGGAUCGAAGCCGGUGUCAUCGCCGCCGUCGUCGCCAUCAAUGUUGUGAGUGCAAUUUCCUGCAACGUUGCUUGCAGGCUGGGUUCCGACAGGAUGCCGCGAGCGAGGUCCGAUAGGGGCACUCGAGCUGACCCUUUAUAUGAUUUGCGUUGCUCUGGCUGUAUCCAGACCGUUGGUUUCGUACAGUAAGUCCAAAACUACAAUCGAAGUGCCUUUAGCUUCUCCUGCACGUCCAAGGUUCGACCUGGUGCCACCGGCGGUCUUCAGCAGCGGUCGAGAGCGGGUGGGGGCGAUGACGUCGCGAAGCAAGAACCAUCACGGGAACUGCCGUCAACUUCGUUUGACUAACAAUAGCACCAGUGGACGGUGCCGCGGACUAAAGAGCGGCUCAGACUGCCAUUCUCGGAUGCUUACAAUAUACCUACUGUCCCCACACCAUCCUGCAGAGAAUACAAGAGCGCCAAAACGAUGGACUCGUUGCGCUCGCUCGCUUCGCCUACCGCCCAAGUCAUCCGCAACGGCAAAUCCAUCGGCAUCCCAGCGCCCGAAGUCGUCGUGGGGGACAUCGUCGAGGUCAAGACGGGUAAGUUCCCAAUCUGGUUGCUCAUUUUUUGUUAUUUUUGGGAUCAUUUUGCUGAUCACACUGUAAUUCAUGUACCACGCGUUCGUAGGUGACACGAUCCCCGCCGAUCUACGAAUUAUCGAAGCGGCAAACUUUGAGACCGACGAGGCCCUCCUCACAGGAGAAUCGCUUCCCGUCGCCAAGGACCCCAAUGCCUUAUUCGGCAAGAAGGAUGGAACACCUAUUGACCCGCGAGACAUCGGUGUUGGAGGUUCGUCGUUCAAGUCGUCCAGGCGCUUUGAGUCGUUUCGCGCGAAUACUGAUCAGCUCGGUGUUCCCAUCUUCAGAUCGCAUCAACAUGGCUUACACCUCUUCGACCGUCACCAAGGGACGUGCCAAAGGUGUUGUGACCGCAAUCGGAAUGCGCACCGAGAUUGGAGCCAUCGCCGAGUCGCUGCGAGGUGGUGAUACGCGCGUGCGCAAGGUUCGCAGGAACGAGGACGGGCAUGCCCCCUGGCACCGCUACGUUUCGGCCUACGCUCUCACGACGUGGGACGUGAUCGGUCAAUUUUUGGGCACGAAUUUCGGUACCCCGCUCCAGCGAACCCUUUCGUGGCUUGCUAUCGGUACGUGGCUGGGCCUUCGCAAUGGGGUCUUUAGGGGACUGCGCACCGACGGGAAAUAACGCAAUCGCUGCUUGCAGGACUCUUCGGCAUCGCUUGCGUCUUUGCUUUGAUCGCAUUCGCGGCCAACAACUUUACCUCCAACAAGGAGAUUAUUCUUUGUAAGCUUGCAUCCUGAGUCGCUUUCGGUUAAGUGCAUUAGUCUAACCCGGCUCCGGUCCUUCGGCUGCGCAGACGCCAUCGCCACCGGUCUCUCGAUGAUUCCCGCUUCGCUCGUUGUCGUUCUUACCAUCACGCUUGCGGGUGGAACGCGUGCCAUGGUUAAGCGUAACGUCAUCGUACGCAAACUCGAUUCCCUGGAGGCACUUGGCGCAGUGUACGUUCCUUAGCCGCUACUUCUAAGCCCAGGGCAAAUGCUGAUGCCUUUCGACCGACGUUUCUCUAGUACCGACAUUUGCAGUGACAAGACGGGGACACUGACGCAAGGCAAGAUGGUCUGCAAAGCGGCUUGGGUUCCAUCGCGAGGCACGAUCCUCAUUGGCGACUCGAACGAGGCCUUCAACCCGACCCUCGGCGACCUGUCUUUCACCUCCGAAUCCCCCGCUGAGUCGGCCAAGAGGGAGAACACCCGAGGCAACGAUUCCUUGCCAUCCAAGCAGCCCGGGAAAGCUUCCGCGAAGGAACUGAUCUCGACCCACGGAAUGCCCUUGGAGACACUGCUCAACGUUGCUUCGAUGUGCAACGUCGCCAAGGUCUUCCAAGACGAGGAAGGAUGGGCCGCUCGUGGUGAUCCGACCGAAUGUGCGAUCCAAGUCCUCGCCCAUCGCUUCGAAUGGGGUCGCGAGCGCUGGACGGUCGGUGACGGCGCCGCGUGGAGUGAGUCUAGAUGUUAAAUUUGGUCAAGAGCGAUGGUCCGAUCAAAUCACUGACCGACACAACUUGGGACCUCUCCCAGCUCAAAUCCAAGAGUUCCCCUUCGACUCUGACCUCAAGCGCAUGUCCGUCAUCUACGCUCGCAACUCGGAUGAGAAGCGCUCCGUCUUCAUGAAGGGCGCAGUCGAGCGCCUCUUUGAUGCCUGCAAGACGAUCGAACUCGAAGACGGUCCCGUGCCUCUCGACGAGGCGAUGAAGGAAAACGUGCUUGCGAACGUCGACGCGCUCGCCGAGCAAGGUCUUCGUGUGCUUGCCUUGGCGCAGAAGCCGUGGCUGUACACCGGCGCCGAUAAUCCUAGCCGAGAGGAGGUCGAGGCUGAUAUGAAUCUGCAAGGCCUUGUCGGUUUAUAUGGUGAGUCUUCGAAGAGAGAAAAAAAGGAUUACUUCUGCCCGUGAUACUGACGCCUAACAUGUUCCUUCUGGCCUUGCAGAUCCUCCUCGCAACGAAACCCAGGGCGCCGUGAGGAGCUGCCACCAUGCUGGUAUUCAAGUCCACAUGCUUACCGGAGAUCACCCUUCGACCGCACGAGCGAUCGCUCUUCAAGUCGGAAUCUUGCCUCGCAACAUCAACGCGCUCUCAAAGGGCUCGGCCGACGCCAUGGUCAUGACUGCGGCGGAGUUCGAUCGCUUAUCGGACGACGAGGUUGACGCUCUUCCCCUUCUCCCUCUCGUUAUUGCUCGGUGCGCGCCUCACACCAAGACACGAAUGGUCGAUGCGCUCCACCGGCGCAAGGCGUUUUGCGCCAUGACCGGUGACGGCGUGAACGAUUCUCCUUCGCUCAAGCGUGCCGAUGUCGGCAUCGGCAUGGGCACAGGCAGUGAUGUCGCCAAGGACGCCUCGGACCUCGUGCUCGCAGACGACAACUUUGCGUCGAUCCUAAACGCCAUCGAGGAAGGCCGUCGCAUGUUUGACAACAUCCAAAAGUUUGUGCUGCACUUGCUCGCUGGUAACGUCAUGCAGGCCAUCGUCUUGCUCGUCGGUCUCGCGUUCAAGGAUGCGAUGAACCUUUCCGUCUUCCCUCUAACACCCAUCGAGAUCCUUUACGGUCAGUCCAACAUGGUCACCUUCAGGUGAUAAGAAUAUGAAGCGCGCGGUACUAAGACGCUCUCUCGUUUGUUCGCAAUUACAGUCAUUUGCGCAACGGCUAGUUUCCCCGCCAUGGGACUCGGCGCCGAAAAGGCAUCGCCCGACAUCAUGAAACGCAAGCCCCAUUCGCUUAAGACGGGGAUCUUCACUCCCGAGAUCCUGAUCGACAUGGUCGUCUACGGUAUUCUCGGUGGAGCAACCUGCCUCGGCGUCUUUGUCACCAUCGUUUGGGGCUUUGGCGACGGCAACCUUGGCAUUGACUCGAACAACUCGAUCGGUGACGGUUCCGAAUUGGUGUUCAAGGCUCGUUCGGCUACCUUUGGUGGGUGCCGAGAUUCCGCGCAUACUACCUCCGUAUAGAGUGAUUCUGACCCUUCGUUCUCGUUCGCGUGCUGCAGCGACUAUGACGUGGAACUGCCUCUUCUUGGCCUGGUUCGUUAAGGAUCUGCGCCGUAGUCUUUUCAAGCUGGGCGACAACAGCGAGCGACCCCUCACGCAGUGGACGCGCGACCUUUGGGCGAACCGGUUCUUGUUCUGGUCCGUCGCGCUCGGAUUCCUCACUGUCUUCCCCAUCAUUUGUAAGUAGAGCCUGAUGGAGGACGUCAAUCACCUUGAAUUCUCGAAUCUGAUCCUGAUCGUUUUGCGCCCACUCCUUCCCGUAGAUAUUCCUGGUUUGAACCGGGUCGUCUUUGGCCACACCGAAAUCUCGUGGGAGAUCGGGGCUUCCUUCAUCGCCUUGCUCGCCUUUAUCGUGCUCGUCGAACUGUACAAGUACGGUAAGCGAGUAUACUUCCGUAUCCGAGCCGCGCGACACCCUGAAGAGCUCGAGGAGAUGCCCGGUGUCUUUGCGGCGUGGAAGACGAUCCAACCUGAUCAGGAAGUUUAG